CGCAAUGGCUGUAUGGUCAGUGCAGGGUUUCCUGUUCCUCUCCGGGUGCCGGAGCUGCGUCAGGUCAGUUGCACCGGCCCCAGCCUCAGGAACACACCAGCACCAGAGCUGCAGCGGGGACCUGGCGGCACACACAGCCCCAUCCCACCAGUGCCAUGGGCUUUGGGCCGGAGCUGUGGUGCCCGAAGGGGCACAGUGCGCUGCUGCAGCUGCAGGACAGUGAGCUGCGCCUCCUGGAGCUGAUGAAGAAGUGGAUGUCACAGCGUGCCAAGAGCGACCGGGAGUACGCGGGGAUGCUGCACCACAUGUUCUCUCAGCUGGAGAAACAGGAGGGCCUGGGGCAGCUCCGUGCCACCGACCACAGCAGCCGGAUCGGGGAGUCGUGGUGGAUCCUGGCGAGCCAGACAGAGACACUGAGCCAGACACUGCGGCGGCACGCAGAGGAGCUGGCAGCAGGGCCGCUGGCCAAGCUGAGCAUGCUGAUCCGUGACAAGCAGCAGCUUCGCAAGGCCUUUAGUGAGCAGUGGCAGCAGCUCAGCCAAGAGUACGCCCGGACCACGCAGCAGGAAAUGGAGAAGCUGAAGGCACAGUACCGCAGCCUGGUGCGUGACAGCACCCAGGCCAGGCGCAAGUACCAGGAGGCCAGCAAAGACAAGGAGAGGGAAAAGGCAAAGGAAAAGUACGUGCGCAGCCUCUGGAAGCUCUAUGCCAUGCACAACCAGUAUGUGCUGGCUGUACAGGCGGCCGCGCUGCACCACCAGCACCACUACCAGCGUGCGCUGCCCACCCUGCACGAGUCCCUCUACAGCCUGCAGCAGGAGAUGGUCCUUGUUCUGAAGGAGAUUCUUGGAGAGUACCAUAGGAUCAGCAGCCUGGUGCAGGAGGACGUGCUAGCCAUCCACCAGGAGGUUGCCCACGCCAUCGAAAUGAUCGACCCCACCACUGAGUACAGCAGCUUUGUUCAGUGCCACAGGUAUGACUCUGAGGUACCACCGGCAGUGGUCUUUGAUGAGAGUUUGCUGGAGGAGACAGAGAGCCUGGAGCCAGGGGAGCUGCAGCUGAAUGAGCUGACCAUUGAGAGUGUGCAGCACUCCCUGACAUCCAUCGAGGAGGAGCUGUUGGCCAGUAGGGAGGCAGUGAGCAGCAAGGAGCAGCGGCUGCGGGAGCUGCAGGCUGAGCUGCGGGGCGAGGAGCUGGCACUGAGCCCCGGGGAGCGGGUGCACUUGCUGGGCAAGAGGCAGGGGCUGCAGGAGGCCCAGCAGCAGCUGCAGGGCUGCCUCUGUGCCCAGGCCAAGCUGCAGGCACAGCGGGAUAUGCUGGCCAACAAGCUGGCAGAGCUGGGCUCAGGGGAGCCCCCUCCCGCCUUACCCCUGCAGGAGGACCAGCAGUCAGUGUCCUCCACGGAUCAGGAGCGCAGUGGGGUGACUGCACUGGAGACCAUCAAGAACCACAUCUCGGGCAUCUUUGGUUCCAGGUUCUCGCUGCCACCUCCUGUGCCCCUCAUCCCGGAGGUGCAGAAGCCACUGUGCCAGCAGGCCUGGUACCACGGGGCCAUCCCGCGCUCAGAGGUGCAGGAGCUGCUCAGCUGCAGCGGGGACUUCCUGGUGCGGGAGAGCCAGGGGAAGCAGGAGUACGUGCUCAGCGUGCUGUGGGACGGGCAGCCCCGGCACUUCAUCAUCCAGGCUGCUGAUAACCUGUACAGGCUGGAGGGUGAUGGCUUUCCCACCAUCCCGCUGCUCAUCGACCACCUGCUGCAGAGCCAGCAGCCCAUCACCCGCAAGAGUGGCAUUGUCCUGACCAGAGCUGUGCUCAAGGACAAGUGGGUGCUCAACCAUGAGGACGUGCUGCUAGGGGAGCGCAUUGGCCGGGGGAACUUUGGGGAGGUGUUCAGCGGCCGCCUGCGUGCUGACAACACCCCGGUGGCGGUGAAAUCCUGCCGGGAAACCCUGCCGCCCGAGCUGAAGGCCAAGUUCCUGCAGGAGGCCAGGUCUGUGUGGCCAUCACUGUCCUGGCCCAUCCGUGAGCCCCAACUACUCGGGGCUGCUCAAACCCGCUGGGAUGCAGCGCCGCUGUGGCUGAGCGCUGGCUGGGCAGAGUCCCUGGGACAGCCCACAGGUGGCUGUGCUGGGGGCAGAUGGGCCCCCGCCCGCUCGCAGUGCCGUUCGCUGUCCCCGCAGGAUCCUCAAGCAGUACAACCAUCCCAACAUCGUCCGGCUCAUCGGCGUCUGCACCCAGAAGCAGCCCAUCUACAUUGUCAUGGAGCUGGUGCAGGGAGGGGAUUUCCUGAGCUUCCUGCGCAGCGAGGGACCCCACCUGAAGGUGAGGGAGCUGAUCAAGAUGACAGAGAAUGCCGCGGCGGGCAUGGAGUACCUGGAGAGCAAGCACUGCAUCCACAGGGACCUGGCUGCCCGCAACUGCCUGGUGACAGAGAAGAACACCCUGAAAAUCAGCGAUUUCGGGAUGUCACGGCAGGAGGAGGAUGGUAUCUAUGCCUCCACGGGGGGCAUGAAGCAGAUCCCUGUGAAGUGGACUGCCCCCGAAGCUCUGAAUUACGGCCGGUACAGCUCAGAGAGCGACGUGUGGAGCUUCGGGAUCCUGCUGUGGGAGGCCUUCAGCCUGGGCGCCGUGCCCUAUGCCAACCUCACCAACCAGCAGACGCGUGAGGCCAUCGAGCAGGGCGUGCGGCUGGAGCCCCCCGAGCAGUGCCCCGAGGACGCGUACCGCCUGAUGCAGCGCUGCUGGGAGUACGACCCCCGCAGGCGGCCGAGCUUCGGCGCCAUCUACCAGGAG